UCAGUCUCUGCUGCUUUCCCCCUCAGAUGGAGCGCAUGAUUGUCAGCAUGCAGGAUCCGGACAUGGGUGUCAAGAUGAGAAACCAGCGCUUGCUAAUUACAGUGAUCCCUCAUGCAAUGACUGGGAAUGACAUUGUGGAGUGGCUCAUCCAGAAGUACACCAUCUCUGAGGAGGAGUCCUUGCACCUUGGGAACCUGAUUGUGAAGCAUGGCUAUAUCUACCCUCUCAAGGACCCCCGCAACCUGGUGCUGCGAGCUGACGAGUCCCCCUACAGGUUCCAGACCCCGUACUUCUGGACCAGCACUAAGUGGCCAGCCACAGAGCUGGAUUAUGCAAUCUAUCUAGCCAAGAAGAACAUCCGCAAGCAGGGUGACCUGAUCGACCAUGAGAAGGACAACUAUAGCCUGCUGCACAAGAGGAUCAACCACACCUGGGACUUUGUGGUGAUGCAAGCCCGGGAGCAGCUCCGGGCAGCCAAGCAGCGCCGGAAGGGUGAUCGCAUUGUCAUAGACUGCCAGGAGCAGGCCUACUGGCUGGUCAAUCGGCCCCUGCCAGGAGCCCCAAAUGUGAUGGAGCAUGGGCUGAAGCGGAGGAACUGCCAUGCCAGCCAAGUGCAGCUCACCAAGAACAUGGAUUAUUACAAGCGAGAGAUCGAGUACUGCCGAAAGGCCAUGGGAAGAACCAGGGUCAAGUCUUCCAUUUGCCUGGAAGGGUACGUCAAGUUUAACGAGCAGUAUGUGCCCCAUGAUCCCAUCAUGUCUGGCUGCCUACCCAGCAACCCCUGGAUCACAGAUGACACUACCUACUGGGCAAUGAACGCCCCCACAGUGAUGACUCCAACCAAGCUGCGUGUGGAGCGCUGGGGCUUCAGCUUCAGUGAGCUGCUAAGUGAUGCACUGGGCAGGGCACAGUUCAUGGAGUUCCUCAAGAAGGAGUUCAGCGCUGAGAACCUGAGCUUCUGGGAGGCAUGUGAGGAGCUGCGAUAUGGGGAGCAGUCCCGCAUUGCUGAGAUCAUGGACUCCAUCUACCAGCACUUCUUGGCCCCUGGUGCCACCCGGUGGGUGAACAUUGACAGCAAGACCAUGGAAAGGACCCUGGAAGGCCUCAAGACGCCUCAUCGCUAUGUGAUGGAUGAUGCCCAGAUGCACAUCUACAUGCUGAUGAAAAAGGACUCCUACCCACGCUUCCUCAAGUCUGACCUCUACAAGAGCCUGCUGGCUGAGGCCAUCAUUCCUCCUGAGACCAAGAAGCGGGUGUUCCCAUUCAUGCGGAAGCAGCGACACUCAAGCCCUAGCCCAGCCCUGCUGCUGCUGCCUGGGGGUGAGCCAGAAACCAAGGCAGAGGACAAGAGCAGGACCUCUGUGGCUGCUCCUGUUCCUGAGGAGGAGAGCUAGGGCCCCUUGCCUCGUGGUCCUCACUCGGUCCCUCCACCACCUACCCCACUCGUUCCCAGGCUGAGCACUGGCCUGCGGCUGAGAGAAAGAAUGAGGUGCCUUGCACGUGCCAGACUGCACAAUGUCCAUCCUGUUUUUUCUGAUGCAGCACCUAGAGCUUGGAAGCUGUGAGGCAGGUGGCUACUCUUGUCACCCAGCCCCUCCCUCCCUCUAGGAUGAGCAGCAUAGGUUUGCAGAGGUCUCACACACUCCAGGCUCCUGGCCCAUGAUGGGAAAUGUGGUAAUUUCCUGCCUCUGCCCUGCCUGUGGCAUGACCUGGUACUGUGUGUGCAGGGGGUUACUGCUGACCAUCAGUAGGUGCCUGGGGUGUUCGGACUGGUGGGCCUUGCUGAAGCCAGUGUUGUUACUGGUGCCCCUGUACUGGAGGAGCCAUAACUUAUCAGGGGC